CCCUUUUCUCGCCCACAGUGAAACCCUUUAAAUAGAGGUACCCUCCGGGUCUUCGGCCUUGGUGAUCGCAUCCCCGGCGCUGGCAGACCCUCUUCACAAGUUCUCCUCAAAUCCCGAAACCAAGCCUACUCAGCAGACAUGGAGCGUACCUUCAUCGCUGUUAAGCCCGAUGGCGUCCAGAGAGGACUGUGUGGCGAGAUCAUCAAGCGUUUUGAGCAUAGAGGCUUCAGGCUGGUUGCUGCCAAAUUCCUGCAGGCCUCUGAGGACCACAUGAAGAAGCACUACCUGGACCUGAAGGACAUGCCUUUCUACGCUGGACUCUGCAAAUACAUGGCCUCUGGACCCAUCCUCGCCAUGGUGUGGGAGGGACAGAACAUUGUGAAGCUGGCCAGGAUGAUGCUGGGUGAGACCAACCCCGCUGACUCCAAGCCCGGCAGCAUCCGUGGAGACCUGUGCAUCAACAUCGGCAGGAACAUCAUCCACGGCAGCGACACCCUGGAGAACGCCAAGACUGAGGUCAGCCUGUGGUUCAAGGAUGAGGAAUUCGUCAACUACACCUCUUGCGCUCAGAGCUGGCUGUACGAGUAAACUACAACCUCACUUCCCCCUGCAGUCAAUCCUCCGACUUGGUCCUCACCAUUCAACCCCCAACAUGUAGCACUUAUCAAUAAAGUCUCAUGUUAACAAAA